GGCUCCGGUUUGAGAGGCGUCAGAAAGGGGCAAACAGUCUGAGGGGGGAAUUGUGAAGAGAGGAAGACAGGUAGCGCCGCAGGGAAGAAUGAAAGAGAAGAACGAUGAAAGCAUGGUGAAAGUCCCCGUAAGGUUCAACGAUGGACGGACUGGGAAAGGAGAGACCUAUAUGCAGUUCUAGACCCUUCCCAUGGCUCAACCAGCCCGAGACGGAGACCUCUCGGCUGUGGAACCUCACCGACUGCUUUUCGACCUACGACAAAAACACCCCUUACUCAGACAAACAGAAGGAAUACAUGGACACCAGAAAGCCUGUGUUGGAGCUGAAAGAUGUCCCCCCUCCUCCUCACCACACCUCCUCCUCCUCCCAGCCCUUCCCCCUGGCCCAACUUCCUCUGCCCCCUCCCUGUCUGAUUCCUCCUCCUGUAUCUCCCCAACAACAAGACUCCCUCCAACAGCAGCAACCACAGGGGGCUAGUCCCAAAGUAAGCGCGUGCACUCACUGUGAGGGGAGCCUCCAGCACUAUAGCACUACUGGUGGAUACGGGCUUGUCACUGGUGGUAGCAGUUGUGUUGGUGCUAGCGGUGUCUCGCUGUAUAUGCCCCCCUGCACUCAGGAACCCCCCAGCAUUAGUAGCAGCAUGACUGGGGCUAGUUCCAUGACGUCAGCCCUCCACUUCCCCAGUCAUGGAGGAGGAGGAGGAGGCGGCGGAGGUGAUGCCCUAAAUACGCUGCGCGGCUCUGGGAGUUACAAGCUCAACCUGCCCUCUGUGGCCACCUCCCAGCCCCUCCCCUCGCACCCCUACUCUCACCUCCCCUGCUGCACAGCCGGGCUCCUCCGCCCCUACCCUUCCGCCCCUGUACCUUACAGCCAGGCCAGCCUCCUGCCUCCCCCCUCUGCCCCUCUCGUGGCCCCCCUACACAGUUCCUGCCUGGCCUCUUCCAGCUACUACCCCUGUAGUGGUGGCUACAGCCCGGCAGCUAGGGGGAGCCAGAGAGCCGGCGCAGGCCAAUGUGACCACCACUCACCCGCCUCGUCGCACCUUUGCUCUAACCCUAUGCACCUCAGUGUAGAACGCACGGUUUGUCUGAAGGGGGCGCACUACUGCCAGGGAUGUUUGACCAAGCCUGUAAGGGGCGUGGCUUCGGAGCCAGACCAGGUAUGGCCUGGCGUGGCUCCGCCCCAGUCUGCCCCCAUCCCCAUAUGCAACGGCUGCGGCACCUCCUCCGACGGCCUGCUGCUCUUGGGCACAAGCCUGGGCAAGGCUGCCACCAAGUAUGGUUCUCCCGACGGCCCGGAGAACGUGCCCCCAGUGGGGGUGUUCUGGGACAUCGAGAACUGCUGCGUGCCGACGGGGCGCUCGGCGGCGGCGGUGGUGCAGCGCAUGCGCGCCCGCUUCUUCCAGGGCCACCGCGAGGCCGAGUUCAUGUGUGUCUGCGACAUCAGCAAGGAGAACAAGGCGGUCAUCCAGGAGCUCAACAAUUGCCAGGUGACCGUUGCCCACAUCAACGCCACUGCCAAGAACGCCGCAGACGACAAGCUGCGCCAGAGUCUCCGACGCUUUGCCGAAACUCACGCGGCCCCUGCCACUGUCGUUCUCGUCUCCUCCGACGUGAACUUCGCCAGCGAGCUGAGCGACCUCCGCCACCGCCACGGCUUCCAGGUGAUCCUGGUGCACAACACCGAGGCGUCGCCCGCCCUGCUGCAGCACGCCCACUGCCACGUCACCUUCCAGGACAUCACCGCCGACCUGCCGCCGCGCAUGGUCGUCAAAUCCCAGCCCAGUUUGAACCUCCUCUAUGUGUACAAUCUCCCCACCAACCGCGACGGGAAGAGCGUGAGCGCCCGGCUGCGCCGCCUGUCCGACAACUGCGGCGGCAAGGUGCUGGGCGUGUCCUCGGGCACCGCCGUCAUCCGCUUUGGCAGCCAGGACGCGGCGGAGCGCGCCCGCAAGCGCAUGGAGAACGAGGAUGUGUACGGCCGCCGCAUCAGCCUCGCCCUGUCGCCACGGCCCCCGGGCUUCGGCACUAGUGGCGGCGGUGGUGACGUCCCCCCCGUCGCCACCCCGCCCCCGGCCUCGGCCGUCCCCCAUCCCCCCUCCACUGCCUCCGCAUUCUCCUUCCUGCCCCUGGAGAAGCCGAGGUCGCCCAGGAGGUCGCGGCGCACGGCCCGGCUCCCCCUUGCCCCUGCCACCGUCCCCGAGAGACCCUACAGCCCCAGGAGGGGGUGUAGCGGCCCCCCUGCCAGUGGCUCCCCAGCUCCUGCCAGGUCCCUGCAGGAGGCGAGCGUUGGGCUGGACCAAGCCAAGCUGAAGACGGGCUUCCACCUGGAGAAGGUCCGUUGCUCCUCCUCCUCCCCCCACGGCAACGGAGACGCCCUCCAGCCCCCCUCCCUGCCCCCCAAGGCCAGCCUCGGAGGAGAGUCCAUGUACCGCCGAAGGGGCUCCACCCCACGCAGCAGAGCCGACUCCCCCGCCGAGCGAGCCACAGACCGGGGCUCCGGAGAGUUCCAGGUCAGCACGCCGUCGGCCUUCAGCAAGCUGAGCCUCCACAGGACCUUCAGCCCCUUGGUGCUGUCUCAGGGCUCCUGGUCCUCCAGGAGCGCGUCCCCCUGCCUGUCCAGCCGCUCCUCCCCCCUGCUGGGACCCCCCCGCAGCCCCCUCCGCGACGGCCUCCCUCAGCCCUUCUUGGACGGCGCCGACGUGCAGGUGGCCAACCUGGACUACCGCAUGUCCCGCAAGGAGCUCCAGCAGCUCCUCCGAGACACCUUCUCACGCCACGGCAUGGUGAAGGCAGUGGAGCUGAGCCCCCACACAGACUACCAGCUGAAGGCCACGGUCCAGAUGGGCUCCCUGCAGCAGGCCAUCUGCGCCGUCAGCGGCCUGCACCGCUACAAGAUAGGGGGCAAGCGCAUCCACGCGUCGCUCGUCACCGGGGGCAACAACAAGUCGCUCGCCAUGCUUAGCUCAGAGAUCAUCUCCAUUCUCCAGGAUGCUCCGGCCUGCUGCCUCCCCCUGUUCAAGUUUACCGAAAUAUAUGAGAAGAAAUACAGCCGCAAGCUGGCGGUGAGCGACCUGUACCGGCUGUCGGAGAUGGUGGCGGUGCGGGAGCAGGGCGGCUCCAGGCUGGUGUGCCUCCUCCCCUCCAGCCAGGCGAGGCAGAGCCCACUGGGCUCGUCCCAGUCUCAGGAGGGAUGCUCCUCCUCCAGCGCCAGCCCCGUGGUGUUCGAGGAGCUGGAGUACCACGAGCCCGUGUGCCGGCACCACCACACCCAGGAGGGCUUCAGUGAGGCCGACUUUGAUCCAGACUCCUAUCAGAUCCCGUUUGUGGUGGUGUCCAUCAAGGCCCUGUCCUCCCAGGUCCACAGCCUGCUGCAGUCCCACGAGGGAACCCUGCCCCUGCUCAGUUUCCCAGACUGCUAUGCAUCAGAGUUCAGCCCACUGCAUCUGGCUGAGGAGGGCCAGCUGGAGAACGGGGUCCCGCUGGAGCACCUCAUCACCUGCGUCCCUGGAAUUACCAUAGUAACGGCCCAGAACGGCUUCAAGAUCAUCAAGUGGAUCCACAACAAACCGCCAGUGCCCAACGCAGACCCGUGGGUGCAGCGCUGCAAGAGCCCCGUGGGGAACCCCCAGCUGAUCCAGUUCAGCCGCGAGGUCAUCGACCUGAUGAAGGGUCGUCCCUUCUGCGUCAUGCCCGUCAGCAAGUUCAUCCCAGCCUACCACCACCACUUUGCCAAGCAGUGCCGCGUCUCCGACUACGGCUACUCCAAGCUGCUGGAGCUGCUGGAGGCCGUGCCCCACGUGCUGCAGAUCCUGGGCAUGGGCACCAAGCGCCUGCUGACCCUCACCCACCGCGCCCAGGUCAAACGCUUCACCCACGACCUGCUCAAGCUCCUCAAGUUCCAGGCCAGCAAGCAAGUGGUCAUCAGGGACUUCAUGCAGGCCUACCAUUGGUGUUUCUCCAGGGACUGGCACGUGACCGACUACGGCAUGUGUGACCUGAUGGACCUGCUGGCUGAGAUCCCAGACACCACGGUCACCGUCAUCCACCAGGACUCCGACACGGUCAUCUCCGUGCCCAAGAGAGAGCGCACGGCCGAGGAGGUGGAGAGGACCAGGCAGUUUGGGAAGGAGGUGGUGGACCUGCUCAGGCACCAGCCCCACUGUCGGAUGCCCUUCAGCAAGUUCAUCCCCACCUACCACCACCACUUCGGGCGCCAGUGUAAGCUCACCUACUACGGCUUCAGCAAGCUGCUGGAGCUCUUCGAGGCCAUCCCCGACGUGCUCACGGUGUUGGAGUGCGGCGAGGAGAAGCUCUUGACCCUGACGGAGCUGGAGCGGGUCAAGGCCCUGGCGGCCCAGCUGGUCAAGCUCCUGCGUGCCCAGCCGGACUCGAGCCUGCCGGCCAGCCAGCUGCUCGCCGAGUACAGCAAGACCUACGGCUACGGCCUGCGCCUGCAGGACUACGAUGUGGGCUCGCUGCCCGCGCUGCUUGCCAAGCUGGGCCACGUGGUCAAGGUGGUGGAUGGCGCGGGCGGCCGCGAGGUGCAGCUCAUCAACAGGAAGUCUCUGCGCUCGCUCACCUGCCAGCUGCUGGCCCUGCUCAUGGCGCUGGGCGAGGGGGAGUGCGCGUCCGCGUCGGUGGACGAGCUGAGCGACCUGUACCUGCGCGCCCACGCCACCGCCCUCAACCCGUGCGAGUACGGCUUCCUGUCCCUCAGCGAGCUGCUGAAGAGCCUGCCCUACCUGGUGGAGCUGUUCCACGAGGAGGAAGACGAGGGGGACGCUGGAGGGCGUCGAGGCGGCGAGAGGGUGCGCCUGACCAGGCUGUACCAGUUUGCGCGUGGCGUGAGAGCCAUGCUCCACACCUACCACUACCACCAGAUCUUCCUGACCGAGUUCCCCGGCGCCUACGGCAAGUUCACGGGCCGCAACCUGCAGCCCCGCGCCUACGGUUACUCCACCAUCGACGAGCUGCUUGGAGCCAUACCUCAGGUGGUCUGGAUCAAAGGACAUGGACACAAGAGGAUUAUCGUUCUGAAGAACGAUAUGAAAGCGAGGGUGAGCUCUACAGCUUCCGCCAGCCCCCAGCAGGAGGAGGAGGAGGAGGAGGAGGGCCAGAGAUACAGCCCCUGUAGCAACCACCAGUCUGGCACUCCCAGCCCAGCUGGCAUGGCGGGGGAGGCGGAGCUCCUGUGUCUGGCCUCGCCGGUCGACCUGCUGUGUGGCCCCGUGCCGUCCUGCCUGCCCUCGCCCCAGCUCCGCCCCGACCCCGUCCUCCUCCGGCAGGCCGACCUCAUCCACUUCGGGGAGCGGACGCCUCCUCCUCCUACCCCUCCACCUUCGGAGGACGAUGGGCCUGAGGGAAGUGCUGAUGAGGUGGAUCCCCCCUCCAGAGUCUGCGACCAGCUCCCCCAACCGAAACCCCCCCCUGCUGUGAGCGGCCAGCCCGAGGAUGCAGCAGCAGCAGCACCCAAGCCCCCCCAUGCCCUGGCGCACAUCCAGACCUCCGUGGACAGCCCUAGCAAGAGGGCUCCGCGCAACAAAGUGAGGCUGGCCGCCAACUUCUCCUUCAGCGUUGCCCCUUGACCUCACAAACACCAGCUUACACACACACACACACACACAGCUGACAUGCACAACUCUAUAAAGAAGAGUUGAAAACGGCCCAGAGAGUAAUAUUUUGGGUUUUGUUUUGUUUGGUCUUUUUUCCUAUAUGCCAUUUUUCUGACGAGGCAGCACAAUACCGUAGGUAUCCACCUACUGCCUCUUCUGUUGCCAAUGUAUCAUUUGAAAGUCGGUGUCCACAAAAGCCAUUAAUGUCCCUGAUGCAGAUUUUUGGGCUGCAGAUCCUACUUUUCAAAGCUUCUGUUAGGCCAGUAAAUGUUCUAAAGGGGAAAGAGGGAAGGUGGGGGAAUGUGUUUCAGAGGUAGGACAAGAAAAAGAUAUGAGGUAGAUAAUGUAUAAUGUAUUGACAUUGAAACCGUGCAGCAAUGAAAUCUGAAAGUCUGAAAUGAAAGUCUGUCCUAUGCAAAAAAUGACAAAAAAAAGUUAGUUGGCACUGUUGGCACACAAAUUUUACAAAGUGUAUAAGGGGUGCUUUUUUUUAACAACAAAGCCUUUCACUUCCUAUCAAAUAAUUGUAGUUGCUUUAAUGUAGGCCUGUAAUAUCCCACAACACGAGGACGACUGCUUAUCAAAGCAGUUUGUUUCCCUAGACCCUUGCUCUGGACCUUUGCCAUGUCUGACAGAAAUUACGAAAAUGACUUGUAUGAAAAUGACUCUUUUCACCACUUGAUUUUUUUUUUGGUCCCCUGGAGCGUUCUUCAUAGGGACGAUGAACCACACAGCCAGAAGCAAACUUUGCUCCGAAUGUAGAGCUUUUUUGCCUUUUGAGGGCAACCGUGGAGCUUUUUUCCGGUAUUACCAUUUUGAAAACCCAUGCCCAUUUCAUCUUUUCAGUGUUUCCUUGGGCAUUUAGUAUUUCCAUCAGAAAGUGUUUCGAAAAAGGCUUUGUUUACAUUUUAGAGUUCUAGCGAUUCUUUCGUAGUCUCCUUCGUGACCGCUCGCGAAGACGCCCAUUCUUGGGGGGGGUUUUCCUGAAUGUUUAAGUCAUUCGUCAAGAGCAAGUCAAAGGGCAGCAGUGAGCAGACUCGCCGUUUUAUCAUUCUCCUGAGGCAGCGUUUAAUCUCAGAUUUCACCUGAACCCACCAGUGUUGUGGGUGGGAAUGUUACAACCAGCACAGCCAAACACGUAGGAUGGCGACAGAGAGGAAUUAGAUUUCCUGAGUUGGACCGAGCUACUACAGGUUUUUGAGGUCUCUUCGGAUCUCCUGAAGGGUCUGUUUUUCCAAGUGCCUGGCCAAGUGGAUACACGGGGGCCCUUUGCGAACACCCAACCCAGGUGUUGGCUGAAGCGUCGCCGAUGGCGAUCGGGGGACGUUCGCUUGUCACCAGACGGAGCGUAACUCCUUCGUUUCUUUUCAUGCCGUUUUGUCCGAAUGCGGUUUACACGAGUGGAUGGUGUGAAAUACGCAGGAUGUGCAUAAGUCAGUUUAUGCAUGGUGUAAACCCUUCGAGGCAAAUCGGACGGAAGGGUUGGCCCAUGUUUGGCGACCCGUGUCGAGUCUUUGUCUUGUACUUCAAAGCUGCCGUUACUGUCGGUGGUGGCUUGUCCUCUGUUUAGUAAGGACUCUUGAGGGGAUUCUGUACAACGCCCUCUACGUUUCCACGGAAACGCUUAAGGUUGUUGACAUUAAACCUUGUUGCUUUGGUUCCCCUGGGUUAGUCGCCGGUACCAUCGUGUCUGCACUUCCUCGACUGUGUAGAGGACCGGUAUGUGGCACGCUUCCUCGUUUGAAUUUUUUUUUUAACUGAGGAAGGAUUGCAGGGAUUUUCAUUAUUUUUUUUUAUCUUGUUUUUGGGUGGAGUGAAGGGGAGUAGGGGGCAGGAACUGUGGUGGGCCGAGGGUCGGCUUGGUGUCGGUAUAGCUUGGGGGGGGGGGGUGGAGGGAGCUUCAGGAAGCCUCUGAUCGGAAUCUGAUGGACAGAGACCCCCCACCUUGUCUUGCGACUCCGCCUGGCUUUUACAAUGGCUUGUAUCUGCCAUGGCGUUCUAAAUAUUGCUGCUUCUGCCGAAUCCUCUCCUUCUACCACAGUCUCCCUCGCCCUUGAACUCUUCAAAGUUUAACUUGUGAUUGUCUAGAACUUUCUCUUCAUAAAAAAAGGUUUCAAGCGUAUUCUGUGAGUCUCCUAGGAUGUGCUGGUUAUAGCAUCCCCCAUUUGAAAAUCAAUAAAAGU